UGAUCUCAGCCCCGAAGCUCCGUCACUUCCGGGAUGUGGGACGAACAAAAUGACAGCUGGUUUGUUUUUAUCAACAACGUAAAUUCAAAGUAGACGUUGAAGUUUUCUGACAACCGACCAAAGAGAAACCAACGCUUUGCUGGAGACGUCCGUCGGUCUCACCAGCCACGCUGGAGUAAGACAGUUCCUUGGGGCAAGUUUUCUGUUUCCUAAUAGAGAAGUUUUUUUUCUUAGUUUCCAUUGCAAUAAAUACAAAUGUUUGUUAAGUGGAUAGAAAACAAAUCUGAUGUCAUUAACAGGCAAUCAGUACACAAACAGAGGGCCGACUGCUGUGAUACUGGUCAAACCAGCGUUUCUUUAGCCGAGGGGGAAGCUGUUCAGCGAGACAGAGCCAUGGACUCGUCAGAGGAUACAGACGGCCGCAGCUUCGUGGAGGUGAUCAGUGAAAAGUACAGCCCAGAGAACUUCCCGUACCGCAGAGGGCCUGGUAUGGGGGUGGUGGUGGUGCCCACCACAGGCCUCCAAGGUUCCCCUAUGAAAGACCGUCUGAACCUGCCCAGUGUGUUGGUGCUGAAUAGUUGUGGGAUCAACAAGGCAGGAGACCAAGCUGAGAUCGUUGCUUUCUGUGCUCAUGUCAUGGAGCUGGACUUGUCCCACAACAAGCUGCAGGACUGGCACGAGAUCAGUAAAAUUGUAUCCAACAUCCCUAACCUGGAGUUCCUGAACCUGAGCUCCAACCCUCUGGCAGGAAUCCCCCUUGAGCCGCGCUGCGCCGAAGCCUUUUCCAGCGUGCGACGCCUCGUGCUCAACAACACUCAAGUGUCCUGGGACACUGUGCUGCUGCUCACCCGGGAGACGCCAGAGCUGGAGGAGCUGUUCCUGUGCCUAAACGAGUACAGCUCCGUUAGUGCCUCCAGCGUGGCCUGCCCCACCCUGCGCCUGCUUCACAUCACCGACAACAGCCUGCAGGACUGGGCGGAAGUCCGUAAGUUUGGCUCCAUGUUCCCCGGCCUGGACACUCUGGUCAUGGCCAACAACAACUUGGCCUCCAUUCAGGACAGCAAGGACAUCCUGCGCCGGCUCUUCCCCAACCUGCGCAGCAUCAACCUGCACAACUCAGGUCUCAGUCAGUGGGAAGACAUUGAAAAGCUGAACUUCUUCCCCAAGUUGGAGGAAGUGCGACUGCAGGGCAUCCCCUUACUGCAGGCCUACACCAACGCAGAGCGACGCAGCCUGAUGAUAGCACGGCUACCUUCAGUAUCAGUGCUUAACGGCAGCGUUGUGACCGAUAGUGAGAGAGAGGACGCAGAGAGGUUCUUCAUCCGUUACUACAUAGACUACCCUGAAGAGGAGCUGCCUUACAGAUACCAUUCCCUGGUAACCAAGUAUGGGAAGCUGCAACCGCUGGCUGAGAUUGACCUCCGACCUCGCUUCUAUGCUCAGGUGGAGGUUCAUUUUGAAGAAAAAGUGGAACAGCUCAACAUCCGUUUGGACCAGACAGUAGCUGAGCUGAAGAAGCAGCUGACAACAGUGGUCCAGUUGUCCACCAACAGCAUGAGGCUCUACUACAUCGACAAGGGCAGCGCCUUUGGUCCAGAGGAACUGAAGUACAACACUCGGGCUCUACACUCCUACAGUAUCCAGGACGGUGAUGAAAUCCUGGUGGUGCCCAAGAACAAAUGAACAGUGGGUGUUCAGUUGGCUGGUUAGACUGACUCCUUGAUUGAUUCAUUAAUUGGAUUAUCUCACAUUCCAGAACGGGAAAAUGCAUAUGAAAUGGCACCAACGGCCCACUUGUUGGACAAACAGAGUAAAACGAGAAGAUAGACACAGAGCCUGCACAGUGGACUUCAGUGGGCUGCUGGGAGGCUGUGGGAGGAUAAGCACCCAGUUCUGGAGAGUAUUAUGUCUUUAUUUAUCUCAGCUUUAUUUGAGGGCACCCAGAGUUAGCGGACAUAUCUGCCACACUGGAGAACAGGCUGACAUAGCAGCUCACAGUCAGCUAGCAGCAUAAGCGCCAGUCGCUGCCAUACCAGCAAAGCUUCACUGCAGCUCUGUUCCUUAGUGCACGCCAUGUACCAUAGCACCUGCACAGGCAAGUAUCCAACACCACCGGAGUGCUCACUUGUCGCUAUUCUGAUAGGUGGUGACGCAGUGGUACUAAAUGGAGCUGUACUCCUGUGGCCAUCUUCACGUUUACUGUACAGUAUGCACAAUAUCAGGAAGAGCAGCCUGUGUUAAAGGAAACCUGGCAAAUAUGCUGUUAAACGCAGGAGCUUGGGUGAUGUUUUAUUCAUACUUUUGGGAAUAAUUGGCAGUUUAAAAAAAAGCUGCAUUCACAUUAUUUGUUAAAACACCAACAGACUCUCAGAGUAAAGUAUUAAUUCUAUAUAUUUAACAAUCAGUGUGACAUGUAUUAUAGAAUAAAGACAUUUUUAGUCUUUGCAGGUCCAAUUCAUAGACAUUAAGCUAUUUAAAAUGCUCUACUUUGAUUAAAAACUCUUUACUCACAGUAAAAUUCACCACUUAUGAAUAUGCAAGUAUUGCUCAGUUCUUAAAAUGGCCUGUGUGUAGUAAAAGUGGUUUGACAACACAAAAUGACCUAAAGACAAAAAUUACUCUUAAUUUUACGUUUCCUUAUUUUGGAUCUGAUGAUAUCUCUUAACAUAAAACACGUAGGGGUGACUGUACUCAUGCAUGCGCAUUCACACAUGCCCACGCAGGUUAGCGCAGAACAGCUGUUGUGUUGUGUCAUGCGCUGCCACCUACAGGCUUCAUCUGUGCUCUGCCACUACAAUCAUCUGACGGGAUGAGGUUUGUUGUGAGGAAAGCAAUGACACAAACAAUCAACACCGAACCUGAAAGACAAUCUUCUGGUGCAUGUUGUGAGUAAGAAAAGUAACAUAAAAUUUUCAGUGGCCCGUUCAGUUGAGCAAGGUGGAUUUUGUUACGUGAGGGAAUGAGAAUUUCCUUUUUUGGAUUUGACCCAUAGUUUAGAGCUAGGAGAUGUCAGCUCCUGCUCCUUAAAUUCUGUUUUUAUUUUUUCUUUAUGAUGUACACUUUUAAAAACACUAGUAGAGGCCCAUUUAAGCUGCAUAAUAUUUGCUGAAAUGUUCUUCUAACCUUCUGCCACCAAAGAUAUCUCAUUAGAAUAUUAUAUUUAUGGGAUACACAUGACCAGUAUGUGUUGCGUUUAUUAUGCAGCAUCCGCCUUGUAUGAGAGGAGCAAUGAUGGUAGAUGUUGCUGUCGGUGCUAUUGAUUUUUCCCAUGGCAGGCAUCGGGCGCAGUGGGGGAACCUUGGGGUAGUUGUAAGACUGAAGAAAGAGCAAAUGCAUCAAACUACAAAAUUCAAUACUUACGUUUUGUUGCUGUUUUGAAACUGAUACAGUAUGUACGUCAUCUGUAUCUGCGCUGUAGCGCCAGUUUAUCGCCCUCCAGAAGCAUCAGUACUGUAUAUGAUAAGAACCAUCACAACUUUUCCCUGACUGUUAUUGUUUGUAUUAUUUAUUGACAGCACUGCUAUACUUGAAGUUGAGAGGAUUAAUACUGGGUAAUAUGAUUCAAGAGUAUGACGCUGUAGCAACGCUACACGUUGAAUAGUUACAAUACUGAUUUCCCCAUUUUAUCAGUGCCGACUAAAUGAUGUGUAGCAUCAACCUCAGCCAUAGAAACCAGCAAAGAGGCAGCAAUGCAGACACUAACAUCCAGGUUUGAAGUGCUGAGUUUGGGCUUAUCAGUGUCAGAUUUGUUUAAAGUGAGAACUGUGUGCAGGGCGAGUGAUGCACAGUGCGUAUUUAUUUGAUUUAGAGGUUUGUGAGGAAACUGAUCACUUUGCCUGCUCGUUUAUGGAAUUAUUUACAUGUUGGAACAUUGAGCCUCUGGAAAUAAUUUCAAGUCUUACUGUAUUGUUUACCUGUUGAAUCAAGACUUGAAUUUAUUGUGUCUAUUACAUCUUGUCCAAUCUGCCACAGGCAGAAAGUUUUGGCUUUUGCAACCCUUAAAGCCCCUGAAUGUAUUUCUCUGUAAUAAUAAGCACUGACAAUUAAUAAAGCACCCAUCAGAGUUGAUAUUUAAAGAAAACACAUGCAUAAGCUCAUGUGAUUAGACUUUGACCGUACGAAAUUAAAGUGAAGUUAAUCAUUUUUGUUUGACAGUAUCCAAUCUACCUGAAUAUGGGACAUUAUAUUUUCUCAGUUGAGAUUUACAUAUUUAAAACAAUGGGGCAACAGCAACACAAAUGAAACAAAGACAGGAGACAAACCUUUCAUGUGGCAAAACAAGUUUAGGAUUAAGACACCGGAAAAAAGUUUUUCCGCGCUUUUAAAGGAACUUAAAAUUUACAUUUAAUUUGUUUGUUGUUCUUCUUCUUGGUGUUUCAUUCCUCGGACUGACUACUUGAUAUCAUGUUCCCAACCUCAGCUAAACCCUCAGUAGUGUGCAUUUUACUGCCAAA